CAGCUGUAUAUAUGAAGAAGUGUGUUUGUGAGGCCUCGACACACUGACCGACAAUAUGGAGCAAGAAGACAGGAUAUUAAACUUCCAGAGGCAAUUAUCAGAUGUGAGCAGCAGUUCAGACGUGUCCAGUGACUCAUGUGAAUACUAUCAGACGGAGAUAUUUGGCCUGUUGCCGAGCUCACAGGCUCAUCGCCGACAGCAACAGACGAGUCAUCCAGACGCGCUCACACAUGAUCAGAAUGAAUUCCUAUUGGACAGAGAGUGGAACGCCAGUGUACCACUCAAAGCUCAUCCUGUCUGCAUGCAGGACAAGAGAGACAUCAGAGAGCGGCAGAACCUACAGAGGCGCAACAUUGGCUCGUGGGACUCGUGGAGGCGGAGCCAGCAAAUCGCAAGGCGGCGCUUAAAGGAGCAUAUGGGCAGGGCCAUGUCAGGACUGUUGCCAUGGAGACACACACUUCACAAUAUUGAAGGUCAGUUUGGUGUCGGGGUGAAGGAUUACUUCGUAUUCCUGCGGUAUCUGCUGUGUUUGAAUCUGCUGUACUGUGUGAUUAUCGGAGGAUCUGUGGUGAUCCCAAAAGCCAGAGACAAUCUUGUGAGAUCAGACGAGGGUCCGAAGGGUCAGAAGGGUCCGAAGGGGAAUCUGGGGUUCCAGAUGGAUUCCUUUGGAUAUAAAGACAUUUUUAUAGGAUCAGGUUUUCUUGAAAACUCAACAGUAUUUCAUAGUUUCUACACAAGUGAUUCUGAAGUGGGUAGUUUAUACACUCCGAUCCUCUUCCUCCUCGGCAUGACGUCUGUUUUCAUCCUCAGUGUCUUCAUGGUGCUCCGCAGGACUGUUGUGGGAUAUAAACACUCGUGGUUGACUGGAAAUCACUUCAGUUCUAAUAUGAGUUAUAAAGUGUUUUGUGGAUGGGAUUUCUGCAUCCAGAAUCCACAGGCAGCAUCACUUCAACACAACUUCAUCAGGAACGAACUGAAGAUGGAUUUCGAGGAGCAGAUGUUUCGUGAGAGAGUCCAGCAGCGGUCACUCAGACAGUGGGUUCUGCUCGUCCUCCUGCGGGUCGUUCUGAACUUCCUUGUGUUGAUUCUUCUGGGCGGCUCCUUCUUUCUCAUCUAUUUCGCCAUCGCGCUGUCACAAGACCCGGAUGAGGAUCUCCGGAUUCUCUCUCUAAUAUUGGAGUAUGCUCCUCCGAUCACCAUGGCAACAUUAAACAACCUGUUACCACACGUCUUCAGUAAGAUCUCAGAGUUUGAGGAUUACUCUCCCACCACCCAACUCAACCUCACCCUGAUCAGGAGUAUUUUCCUAAGGCUGGCAUCUUUAGGCAUCUAUCUGGUCUUCUUCAUCAUACAAGUCCGUCGUUCAGAUAUACCCAAGUGUCCCGAGAACGAGUUUGGAAAGGAGAUGUACAAACUCACCGUGUUCAACCUCCUCAUUUGCAUCUGCAGUACGUUUUGCCUGGCCUACCCAAGAACGUUAUUGGUGGAGAAGUUUCCAGAUUCAAAGUUGGCGCAGAUAUUGGGCAAACAACAUUUUGAGAUUCCCUUAAAUAUACUGGACCUGGUGAACAGUCAGACAGUCACAUGGGUGGGCGUGUUUUACUGCCCUCUUCUGCCCGCCAUCAGCACCAUCAGACUGCUGAUUGUCUUCUAUGUCAAGAAGUUCACAUUGGUGAGAUGUUGUGUUCCUGCUCAGAGAAUAUUCCGGACCACCAGUUCCUCAGUUCUGUUUAAUUUCAUGCUGUUGUUGGGUCUGAUUGUGUCUGUGGCCACUCUGAGUGUCAACAUCAACAGGUUUGAAACGGGCACCUGUGGUCCGUUUGAAGGCACAACCGUGUUUAACGUGACGAUUGAGUGUAUGAAGAUACUGCCCGACUCCGCACAGACCGCCAUCAGUUACAUCUCAUCUGGGCCAUUUGCAUUCAUUUUCAUACUGGUUGAAAUUGUCAUACUGACGUCAUACUUGUCUCGUGGACGAGCCUAUCGUAAAGCCAUCGAGAGACUGAAGGACAUGUUGGUAAUGUGCAGCUCAGAUAAGCGUUUCCUGGUGAAACAGCAUUCAGCAAUCACGAGACAACAGCAAAGGACAAGCUAAGCAACAUGCCAGACGCUGCAGAGACGCCCUUCUUAAGAAUGAAGAGACCCUUUGUGUGGCUAAUUAUGUGCUGUUUAUACUAAAUAUUAUGUGCUAUUAGAAUUAGUGCUGAGCAUUGAAUAUACAGUAUAAUAUUUGUGUUGGAUUUCUGAAGUGUGCAUCUGUGCAUACACGCUGCAUACAUGUCAAUAUUUACACAUUUAUACUUCUGUAACCGUGGCGCCAGUCUUAACCUCUGACCUCUGAGUUUAUUGUUAUGUGUGCAAAUCAGUGAUACAACUGU